CCCAUCUUUCAGCCGUGCUGAUUGCCGCGGCUUUCAUUGGUCCGACCGGAUCAUUCCCUUUACCGAACCACCGAAUUGGGCCACGGGUUUUCCCGGGCGUUCGGGUCCCGUGCUUGCCUCGUAGAGUCGUGGCUCGCCUGCUGCAGACCCGGUUGUCUCGCAAAAGAAGCGAAAGAGCUCGGUUCAAGUUUUGCUGCUGGCCUUCCCCUACUGCGAGUUUGACCCUUCUUUCGGAAAGUGACGUGAAUUUGCAUUGCAGCCACAGCUAUCUUCUCUUUUUCCCUUUCCCCACGAUAGCCGCCAUCUGCCAUCCUCUCUCACCAACGAGAUCCUCCUCCAAAUCCCAAUACUUUCCUCUUCUUAAUUGGCGCUGCGGUUCUUUCGAAGCUGCGCUGUUGCACGUCUUUCAACCCACACAUACACACACAUCGCCCAAGAUGCAGUCCCUGAGACAGAUGCGGCCGGCAGGCAAGCUCCUGAACCAAGCCGCGAAGCGUGCAUACAGCGCCUCGGCAGCUGGCCCUUACACCAAGACCAUCGAUAACCUGCGCAUCAACUCCGAGACCAAGGUGCUUUUCCAGGGCUUCACUGGCAAGCAGGGAACCUUCCACGCGCAACAGGCCAUCGACUACGGCACCAAGGUCGUCGGUGGAACCAACCCCAAGAAGGCUGGCCAGGAGCACCUUGGUCUCCCCGUCUUCGGCAAUGUCAGCGAGGCUGUCAAGGAGACUGGCGCCGAUGCCACCGCCAUCUUCGUCCCCCCCCCUCUGGCCGCCGCCGGUAUCGAGGAGGCUAUUGCCGCCGAGAUCCCCCUCGUCGUCUGCAUUACUGAGGGUAUCCCCCAGCAUGACAUGGUCCGCAUCACCAACAUGCUGAAGACGCAAUCCAAGACCCGCCUCGUCGGCCCCAACUGCCCCGGCAUCAUCGCCCCCGGCCAGUGCAAGAUCGGCAUCAUGCCCGGCUUCAUCCACAAGCGCGGCCGCAUCGGUAUCGUCUCCCGCUCCGGCACCCUCACCUACGAGGCCGUCAACCAGACCACCCAGGCCGGCCUCGGUCAGUCCCUCGUUGUCGGUAUCGGCGGUGACCCCUUCAGCGGCACCAACUUCAUCGACUGCCUCAACGUCUUCCUCAAGGACGAGGAGACGGACGGCAUCAUCAUGAUUGGCGAGAUUGGUGGUUCCGCCGAGGAGGACGCCGCUGACUUCCUCCGCGCCAACAACACCGUCAACGGUGGCAAGCCCGUCGUCUCCUUCAUCGCCGGGAUCUCCGCGCCCCCCGGCCGCCGCAUGGGUCACGCCGGUGCCAUCGUCUCCGGCGGCAAGGGCGGUGCCGACUCCAAGAUCUCCGCGCUCAAGUCCGCCGGUGUCAUUGUCGAGCCCUCCCCCGCCGGCCUCGGCAAGGCCCUCUACGACGAGUUCGUCCGCCGCGACCUCUUGUAAAAAACCAUAAACCACAUCAUAUCUUCCAGACGUUGAAGGGGAAAGCUUCAGCUGUGUAUGUAACAUGUUAAAGAAGAGACCUUUGUGUUGAGAGCGUAGUCAACGGGAUGGUCCCCUCGUAUCGUUGCCGACGGAUAACGGACCGCGCUGCUGCCUUGGCAUUGUGCGGGUUGCGCUGAGUGCGUGUGCGUGUGUGUUUGAACAUGUUGCCCCAAAUAACUUGAUAUAGACUGGAGGUUGGGCAAGGAACAACAGGGCAAGCAAAGGAAGGAAAGUGGAAGAAAUGGGAAAGUUUGAACAAGUUCCUCAAAAUAAUGCGGGUUCUCUCUUCCAUUCACUCUCCAUCUCCCGUUUUUGUAUCUCCAAUUCCCCAAGCUUAUAAACAUUUUUUAUUUUUUUACCGCAAAGAUAUAUGCAAUGCUACCCGCUAUCUCACCCCUCAGA